CUUCAUCGGACACAAACAACUCAACGAAAUGUUAUCGAUUCACCGAAACUUCCUUUGUAAGAAACGCGUUAUCAACCAUUUCAUGCCGUUCAUACGACCUGGACCGCGUUGGUAUCCAGACGAGGAGUAUUUCCUGCCAUUUUCCGGUCCGGUCAUGUAUCCGGACGCGGAAACCUCACGCUGGAAAAUGCCCCAUCGCAAAUACUUGGAGAAACACAAGCGGGACCUGACGGUGCAAAAUGUACGCAUCAAUUUCGGACCGGCGCAUCCUGCCGCGCACGGAUGUCUGCGCAUGAUCACGUAUUUGGACGGCGAAAUCGUUAAGAGGAUCGACCCGCACAUCGGUCUCCUUCAUAGAGGUACCGAAAAACUCAUCGAGUAUAAAACGUACAUGCAAGCGUUGCCGUACUUCGACAGGCUGGACUACAUAUCGGUCCUGUGCAACGAACACGCCUUCUGUCUGGCCACAGAAAAACUGUUAAAUAUUCAGGUGCCGAGAAGAGCAAAAUAUAUUCGCACUCUCUUUUCCGAACUCACUCGAUUGCUUAAUCACUUGGCGGGUGCCUCCUUCUUGGCUCUGGAUGUGGGUGCCAUAACGCCCCUGUUUUGGUUAUUCGAAGAGAGAGAGAAGAUUUAUGAGAUAUGCGAAAGGGUGUGCGGGGGCAGGAUGCAUUGCGGGUAUUUCAGAGUCGGAGGAGUGUCACAAGAUAUGCCCUUAGGUCUCAUGGAUGACAUCUAUGAGUUAGUAGCGAAACUGCCCGAACGUCUGGACGAAUAUGAAGAUCUAAUAACCUCAAACCGACUAUUCAUUAGCAGAACAAAAGAUGUCGGUACAGUAACCGCCCAUGAAGCCCUAAACAGGGGAUUCUCGGGUCCCAUGCUACGCUCCUCGGGCAUAAAGUGGGACAUAAGAAAAGUCAUGCCCUAUGAAGUCUACGAUGAAUUAGACUUCGACAUACCUAUCGGGGUGAACGGAGAUGUUUAUGAUAGAUAUAAAGUGAGAAUGGAAGAAAUGAGACAGUCAAUUAGGCUAGUAAACCAAUGCAUAAACAAAAUGCCCCCGGGAGAAAUUAAAACCGACGACCACAAAAUCUGUCCCCCCAAGAGGGCGGAAAUGAAAACCUCAAUGGAAAGUCUCAUUUGCCAUUUUAAGCUUUUCUCCAGGGGGUUUAAUGUGCCCCCCGGUACCACUUACACCGCAAUAGAGCAUCCCAAAGGUGAAUUUGGAGUGUAUUUGGUCUCGGAUGGGUCUUCUAGGCCCUACAGAUGCAAAAUACGUUCUCCCGGCUUUAUACACUUGGCCUCCAUGGACUAUAUGGGGAAAAAUAUGUUUUUGGCCGAUGUUGUUGCCAUUUUGGCUAGUAUCGAUGUUGUGUUCGGGGAUGUAGAUAGAUAGUUAAAUAUAUGUUUAUUAUGUAACGUA